AAUAUGACAAUUCAAAAUUAAAAAAUAACACUGAUCAUUGUAUUUUGUCACAUUAAAAAAUUGUUUUAAAAAUAUUUUAUUUUUGCAUUUACUCAAGAGUAUCAUUUAUUCAUGGUAAACCAAUCAGCGAGCUCCAUUGCCGUACGUUUUGAAAGUAUCGCGGCGGAAAUCGCUAAAGACGAUUUGGACGAUUUUCACUAUCUUGGGACUUGGGUGGGUCGCUUUGAAAAUAAACUUUAUUUACGAAAGUUUUGAGACGCACCGAUCAGCUGGGCGAGUUUGAAUUCAAGUUGGCUGGCGUUCACGUCCUCUUUCAACCAGCUAAUUUUCAACUGCACAGAUGGCCUCACGACCAAGAGUGGAUACAACUAAGGAGAUUGCGCAAGUUAUUUUGGACCCUAAAACAAGGAAAAGAUACCAGCGUGGAAAGUUUCUCGGAAAGGGUGGUUUUGCGAGAUGUUACGAGCUUGUGGACCCGGACACGAAGGAGGUUUUAGCUGGCAAGAUUGUCUCGAAGGCGCUGCUGGUGAAGCAGCACCAGAAGGAGAAGAUGACCCAGGAGAUCACCAUCCAUCGCGAGCUGCACCACAAACACAUCGUCGGCUUCUCCAGCUUUUUCGAGGACAGCGAGAACGUCUACAUUGUGCUCGAACUUUGCCGGAAAAGGAGUCUGAUGGAGCUGCACAAACGGCGGAAGGCCAUCAGUGAGCCGGAGACGCGCUACUUCCUGCAGCACGUGCUGCUCGGGGUAAAGUUCCUGCACGAGCGCAACAUCAUCCACCGCGACCUCAAGCUCGGAAACCUUUUCCUGAAUGAUGAGAUGGAGGUGAAAAUCGGCGACUUCGGUCUCGCCACUAGGGUCGACUACACCGGAGAGCGGAAACGCACCCUGUGCGGUACACCCAACUACAUUGCGCCGGAGAUCCUGGCCAAGAAGGGGCACAGCUUCGAGGUGGACGUCUGGUCCAUCGGCUGCAUUCUGUACACUCUGCUGGUGGGCCGGCCGCCCUUCGAGACUGAGAGUCUCAAGGAGACGUACACGCGCAUCAAGAAGAACGAGUACAGCGUGCCCAAGACUAUAGGUCCGCUGGCGCGCAACCUGAUUCACCGGAUCCUGCAGGGCGACCCCGCCCGGCGGCCCACGGUCGACCAGAUUCUCCACGACGACUUCAUGACCAUGGGCUACAUCCCGGUGAGGCUGCCCACCUCCUGCCUCACCAUGGCGCCGCGGUUCGACACCAAGAUGAACGUCAGUAUCGUGGCGCGCCGUCCUCUCGUCGAGCUGAAUAAAGAGUCGGCCCCGAGUGGUGCCGCGCAGAAGGAGGUGGCGCCGCCACCGGAGCCCGCCUCUGAGCAGCGCGCCAGCCGCGACUGCUACCUCAAAGUGCUGCACGGACAGCUCAAGAAGCUGCUCGACUCGUCGCCGGCUAACCGCGCCAAAAUCGAAAUGGACGAGGCCGAGGACCCGGCGGCCGUGCCCUUCCUCUGGUUCAGCAAGUGGGUCGACUACUCUGACAAGUACGGCCUCGGCUACCAGCUGUGUGACGACUCGAUCGGCAUCAUCUUCAACGACUCCACCAAGCUGAUGCUGCUCGCCAAUGGAGAGGACAUCCACUAUAUCGAGCGGGACGGCACCGAGCACUACUACACCAUGAAGGACUACCCGAAGGAGACCAACAAGAAGGUGGUGCUGCUCAAGUACUUCCGCAACUACAUGAACGAGCACCUGGUGAAGGCCGGCGCCGCCAUGAAGCCGCGCGAGGGAGACGAGCUCAGCCGGAUCCCGAGCAUGCGCGCCUGGUUCCGCAGCCGGUCGGCCAUCGUGCUGCACCUGACCAACGGCACACUGCAGAUCAACUUCUUUGACGACCACAGCAAGGUGAUCCUGUGUCCUAUGAUGGGCGCCGUCACCUACAUCGACGAGAAGAAGAGUUUCCGCACGUACCGGUUCUCGCUGCUGGAAGAGUUUGGCUGCAGCGAGGAGCUGGCCAACCGGCUGCUCUACGCCAAGACCAUGGUGGAGCGGCUGUUGACCUCGCGCUCGGUCAGCGCCUCGGCCACCAAGGCCAAGGUGGGCUCCGCGACCGCCACCUCUGCCGCCGCCACGCCGUCUGCCGCGCCGCCGACGCACUAACCGGGCCCGAGCGGCCGGCGGAGUGACUGAAGACACUGCGUGUGUGCCCGGUGCCGGUGACACUGGGGAUGUGUGAGUGGAUAGUGCGACUGCGCGCUGGUUACCGCUGAGGUGGGAGGGUUUCCGCUCGUCGCGGUGUGCCGGCGAAUUAUAAACAUUGACUCCGACGUCUUGCCGUGGACUCUGGCGGCAGCGGCGACUUCGCCUCGUCUUAAACGUCUGUCCUGUAAGGCCGGUGUUCGGUUUCUCGGUGCGUUGUAAAUAGUGGCGGUUGUGGUGCGUUGGCUGGUGCGUUGGUGCGCGCACUAGAUUCGGUCCCAGCGCAGGGGAUCAUGUCUGCGGCAGCGAAAGAGGAGGGCUACAAGGACGCCGCCUUUUAACGCUGUGUUUGUACUGUAAUACAUGCUAGUUGGCUAGAACUGUGCCUUGUGUAAAUUGGUCGGUUGUCGGUGGCAACUGUCAUUGCCGAUGCUACUCGAGAGCUAGAUGACCGUCUGUUGUCACCAACGACCCACCGCGGAGUGAAUUAUAAAUUGAGCUAAGAUUUGGCAUGCCGUUUAAUUUGGAGCCAGAUGCGUCCGGUAGAUUCUACUGUUGAGUCGAUCUCUGUGACAUGUUAGAGUAGUGAAGGUACAAAUAUAAGCUCAAUAUUUUAACCCGA